UUAAUGUCAGCAAAUAGUAGUAGUAACAGUAGCUUUGUUAAAUGCUCCUCAGGUAAUUCAAUUUCUUUAAAGAAAUCACAAUUAAGCACUCUAAAUGGGUCAAGUAGUAUAAGUAGGGGUGCGCUAUCAUCAUCAUCAAACUCCUCAUUAAACAAUUCUUUCCAAUUAGAAUUAAAGCAACAUUUAAAAAGAAAACAAGAAUCAAACCAAUCUAAUGAAAAAAAAGAAAAAUUUGAACAAAAAAAACAUAAAACACCAAAACCUAUGGAUGAACCAAGUCCAAAUGCCUCAAAUUCUAUUAAGGUAACUUUUCAAUUUAGUGGCACAGGUAAAAAAGUUUCAAGAUAUUUCCAAUCAAACUGUAAGGUUGAAGUGUUAAAAGAAUAUAUAGAAUGGUUAUCUUUGCAAGAACCUCAAUUAUUCGAUAGCUCUUUUAAACUCUCUGAUGAAUCUUUCUACAGAAUUAUAGACUAUGACUUUUGCUAUACCAUUCAACCAUCAAAAAUAUCAAUUUCAAACUUUGAUAUAACAUUUAAAGAUUCUGGUUUUACUCCAAAAUCAAAUUUAAUAAAUAUCUCCAUUGUAUAAAAACUCAAUCAAAAAAAUCAAAAAUUGUAUUUAAUAAUCAUAUAAACAUUGUAAUAUGAACCAAUUAAUUUUUUUCAUAUUCAUAAAAAGAAACAAUAAAUAAAAACCAAAAUUAAAAU